UUUUUUCUUGCACACCACCUUGAUGUUCUUCUUCUCCGUCUCAAAUUUAUUCGCUCGCCAGUUGCAAACAACAUCAGUUUCCCCAGUUCACCGUCCGCCAUGUCGACCAAGAGUCGAACACACAGCGCGCACUGGCGAGAUCACAACCGCCUCCUUGCCAUCCUCACGGAAGAAGCAAUCAAGCAGCCAGCCUCCCCCUACCUCUCACUCUUUGUCACGCCUCAAUUUCUUGGCUGCGAAGAAAGACCAAACCCCGCAACAUCUCGCCUCCGCUUCGCCGCUGCAACAACUCCCCGCCGGCCCGCCGCCCCGCCUCCCGCUCCGGCUCCCGCUCGCCGCCAUGCCUCCCGAGCCCCAGCGGGACGCGGAGAUGGCGGCGAAGUACGGCAUCUCGCUGGAGGUCCUCCGCGAGGAGCUCCCCCGCCCGCUGCAGAGCGCCCCCGACGGGCAGAUAAUAUUCGGCGACCCCCUCCGCGUCCGCGUCGCCACCGCCCACAAGCUGCAAGAAGCCGUCGACCUCAUUCUGGAAACCGCAGCCUCCUUCGGCGACACUCCUCCUCGGCCUCCUUCCGCCACGGACUGCUACGUCGUGCCCUACUCGCCGCCCAGGGAAGCCCCGGCGCUCCGCCAGCUCCUGGACGGUGCGCCUUACGUCACCGUGCGGAACAUGGCCGUUCUGGAGGCCAAGGAGGAGGCCCUGGAUCAGAUAACCCGGAGGAUCGCGGCCGUGGAGGAGCUCAUCGGCAUGCUCCGGAACCUCGCCGCUCGGCUCUUGCUUCGGCACCAGAACCCCGCCGCCAAUGCCAAGCAGCGUCUCUUCGCCCUCAAGAUACGCUACGUUCUCUGCAAAAUUAGAUCCGGUGACAUCGACACAGCUAAGAGCUUGCUCGCUGGUGUGCCUGGGAUCGAAGGUAAUGCUGCUGAAUUUGGACAGGAAAGGAUACUGGAAGUCGCCGGUGAUCUCUCUGAGUUAUAUCUUGAGGAUCUCGAUCUAGUGGAAGAGGAUGAAGUGUCUGAUGAGAUAUGCAGACUGAUCCUUGCUGAGGUCUCUUCGUCGCAUUGGCGUGAUAAGAUGCAGCUGAUUGAUGACGACCCUCGUCUUCUAGAGUUCAUUGAAGAUACUAUUGAGGAGCUUCAAAGGAGGGUGACUCUCUACGAGGAAAUAACCACAGAGCCAUCACUGAUAGGAGCUUCACAUGUUGAUUUUGAUGAGCUCUGAAGGUCUUGACUGAGAAGUGGAAAGACGGAUAGCUGCUUCAUGCAGAUUUUGGGAGAGGUGUGCGCGCAGGUGUUGUCUGAGUAGGGAAAGGGUGAUUCGCAGGAGGUGUUGUUGUCACGCUUGAUACGUCUCAAGUUACAUCCGGAAAAAGCUGGAAAAACACUGCUAGUUUGGUAUGGUAUCUUUGACAAUCUACCCCUGUAACUCUAGAGUGGUGUGGUCAGCAAUCUUCUUCGGCUUGAUUUACCAUGAUCUGUUUCUCUGUUACAAAGACAUCUGAGUAGCAGUUGUAGGUUCAUUCAGGUAACCAAAGUAGCUUCAGAUUGACAGAGAUGAAAUAUAUUCCUUAAAAGUUAGGGUACAGUAUCACUUUCUUCAUUCAGGUAACUGAAGUAACUCUUGAAUGAAUGGGAACAAACCAGCCAUAUGUACGUCAACUGCCACGCGCAGUUACUUGCUAUGCUACACUGAUUGUUGUUGCUAAUAGUGUCGUUCUUUAGCAUGCAAUUAGUGUUACCACUAGUAUUUACCACUUGUAUUUAUUACUGCGAGAAACGAAUUGAGGUUAUCUGUUGAGACGCAAAACGCGAGAGAUUAGGACAAUUUCUUGCUGUGAUGUUGAUAAUUUGCUUGGACGGCUUGCUCCAUGUCCCGAGCAUGUUCCGCUGCAUCAUAUAGAUUGGCCGGUUUCAAGGGCUUAAUGUAGUGCUUGAUUUC